AUCCAUUUUCAAGUAAAAGAAAUAAAAGAUUAUCCAUUUUAUUUUCUGGAAACCUUCAUUAUUUUCCGUUGAAGUAAGUAUAUUUAAAUAAGUGGAGGAAAAAGUUGAGGAGCUCUGGGAAUUUGAAUUCUGGAAGAGGAAAGAUCCAACAAACAUUCAAACAAAGUUGAGAAACAAGAGAAAGACAUCUUCUCUCUCCCACACAAACACGCAGGCACAAACCCAAUCAGCUCCACGUUUCUCGUUUUCUCGAUUUAUAACAAACCUCCCUUUUUUUGUCAAUUCACUUUCUUUCUCACUAGCUUUGCUCAAUCAACUUAUCGUUGUCGCAAACAUUUCAAACACCAGCGAAGCAUUCCCAAACACCUUUUUAAAUCCUUACAGUUUCUAGCUUUGCUGAGGUGAUGGGCUUUUACUUUUAGUGAGAGGAAGGGGUUUCAUGGCGGCUCUAUUCAGCAGAAACAAGUUCUUGUGAAAAAUCUGCAGAAAAGGGGGGUUUUGCAUAUUGGAUUGUUGUGUAAAGAUUUAUGGAUUUCUUCUCAAUUUUUUGCUGUGUUAAGGGUUCAGAUCGUAAAAACCAAGGGAAAAAGGAGACAACAUGGAGGAUUUUUUCUCUGAAAGAAUUGCAAUUGGCUACAAACAAUUUUAACUAUGAUAACAAGCUUGGAGAAGGUGGCUUUGGCAGUGUUUAUUGGGGUCAGCUCUGGGAUGGUUCUCAAAUUGCUGUAAAAAGGUUAAAGUCAUGGAGUAACAAGGCAGAGGUUGAGUUUUCUGUUGAAGUCGAGAUACUUGCUCGUGUACGGCACAAAAAUUUGCUCACAUUACGUGGCUAUUGUGCUGAAGGGCAAGAGCGUCUGAUUGUCUACGACUACAUGACCAAUCUGAGCUUACUGUCACAUCUUCAUGGGCAACACUCUGCUGAAUGUCAUCUCGACUGGACAAGACGGAUGAACAUUGCUCUUGGUGCUGCUGAGGGCAUCGUCUAUCUACACCAUUAUGCAACCCCACACAUAAUCCACCGAGACAUCAAAGCCAGCAAUGUGCUGCUAGAUUCCGAUUUCAAAGCUCAAGUUGCUGAUUUUGGAUUUGCAAAGUUCAUUCCUGACGGUGCAACGCAUGUGACCACGAGGGUCAAGGGUACUCUUGGCUACCUUGCCCCAGAGUAUGCAAUGUUAGGUAAGGCAUCAGAGAGCUGUGAUGUUUACAGUUUCGGCAUUCUCUUGCUCGAGCUUGCUAGUGGCAAGAAGCCACUGGAGAAGCUCAGUUCAACGAUGAAACGGCCGAUCACAGACUGGGCUCUGCCUCUGGCUUGCGAACGAAAGUUCAGCGAACUUGCAGAUGUAAGGCUUGAUGGGAAGUACAAUGAAGAGGAGCUGAAGAGAGUCGUCUUUGUCGGACUAAUCUGUGCGCAUAAUCAGCCGGAGAAGAGACCGACGAUGCUCGAGGUGGUGGAACUGCUAAAAGGAGACAAGGAGAAGUUUGCUGCAUUAGAAAGUGAUGAAAUGUUCAAGAGCCCUCCUGUUGCAGAAGACAGUUGUGAAUCUGUCACAGAUGAAAAGGAGCAGAAACAAGAAAUCGAAAAUGUCUGAGUCUUGGAGAUUGAGCAGUUAUCUAUGGCUUGUAAAAAUGAUUGUUUUUUCCCCUUUUUCCUUCUUUCUUGAUUGUUGAUUUUUGGCCAUGAAACAGAAGCCUGUAAGUUGGAAAGAAUCGAAACGAUUAUUGAGUUUGCUGUGCUUUCCUGGAGUGAUUGUUGAAUGAUGAAUGGAAUGAGAUUGAAAUUUUA